GAUGAUGCUGUGACUGCAGUAUACUCUGUCGGAACAUAAGGCUUGAGCGGGGCGUUUACGAGCACGCCAAUCACGGGCGUGAGUUAUACGUUGGGCCAAGGAUAAAACCGUUGAAAUUUCGGAUAUCGACGAAUAAGUGUGAGAAUGGCGGGCACUAGUGCACGCAUCAGUCCACUUCCUGUCCAUUAGCCCACGAUGGUAGCCCAUCAGGCUCUCCCCGGAGGACCUCCGGCCAGAAUGAUCUAUAAAAGCCAUACUGCAGGAAAAGGCCCGUCACAAGCCCAGUUGUUCUGUUCAUUUUGACCGGGUCUCGCGUUUUCCCGUCUACCAUGGCCUCAGGAGUUGUUAUCGACCCAUAUGCCCUCCUUCGGGCAGCACCACUUGCAACAAGCACCGGAAGUCUCGUUCUCGCUACCAGCGAGCUCAUAUAUUACUCAGGGCUGGUGCAGCCGCCGACUCGUAAGAAGUCCGACUCGAUUCUCGCACAAUACUGGCGUUAUGUAUUCCCUAGGGGAGUGAGCCUUGUGCUGGCUCUCAACGUCACGACAAUUGGCACAUCAUUAUGCAAUAUCUUUCUGAAGAAUCCUUGCUCCCGGCCGCUGCCUGUGUCCCGUACAACGUUCUACUGGGCUGGCCUCAUGGGCGCUAUUGGGCAUCUGGCCUUUGUGCCGUUCGUCGCGCCACCGAUUCAACGCAUCCUGGACAAUACUGACCCCGAAGCCGAAACGAGUAAGGAAAUGGAUAUCUGGCUGGGGAUACAUCGGAUUCGCAUGUUGGUGGCGGACAUACCUGCCUGGUUGGCGUUCGUGGGUGCUGCGAUGUUGACGGACCUGUGAGCACACUAACAGGGGGCUUUUUGGUUGCCCGAUCGCCAUGUGGAAUUAGUAUUAUGGCUGUCUGGCUUGAUACCUGUAUAGUAGUAAGCUAUAUCGGUCUGGAUGCAUUCACAUCGGUCGGGAUCCAGGGGCUCGGCGGUUGAAGGCUUGAUGUAUGUAUAAAAGGCUGUUGAGCGUGAAGGCAAUUCGCUAUCCCAACACAAAACCUAUGUAUGUUCUCUGAUGAAUCUCAGGCAGUCCAUUUAUAGAUAGUCCCAAGACAAACUCAUAAGUAGAUUGUAAGUUCGCUG